AUGCGGCGGCAUGUCUCCUUGCCUGCACCCCACCGUGGGAGCUCGACCGCCAAGAUCCUGGCGGAGAGAUAUGUGUUGAGGGUGGAGGCAAGGGCUCGAGGAGAGCACCUGGACCCAGAAGCGCAGAGCGGGCAGACCGGGAGGCUAAGGGCAACGCAGGUGGUGACCGGACACGGCUGUUUCGGUCACUACCUGCACCAAAUCCAGAGGGAAUUAGGGCCCCAGUGUCACGAGUGCGGCGAUCCUGAUGACUCGGCCCAACAAACCUUAGAAAUGUGCAGUCGUUGGGAAGGGGAGCGCCGCACUCUAAUGAGAGCUAUAAGGACGACGGAUCUCUCGCUGCACAGUGUCGUUGCAGCCAUGCUGGGCAGCGAGAGAAAAUGGAAGGCAGUAGUCUCCUUCUGCGAGGAGGUCAUCUCGCAGAAGGAGGCAGCGGAGCGGGAGCGCGAAGACGCGGCCGACGCGCCCCCGCUCCGGCACAGACGAAGAGGAAGAGCACGCGCGCAGUACGCUGCCGCGAAUCGUGCCCUCCCUCGGUAG